GAGAGUUAUUAAGCUUUUAUUGAAAAAAUCCUAUAAACAGAGUCAAAGACAGAGUACCAAAUAAUCAAGUUGAACAUAAUGAAUAUGUGGUUGUUGUUGUUGUUGUUCAUGGUUUACUUUGUUGUUGUAAUAACACCAACAGUAACUAAUUGUCCAGAUUCUUCAUCAUGCGGAAACCAAGUUAUUAAGUUCCCUUUCCAAAUUAAAAACCACUAUCCAACAAUUUCACCCUUAUGUAGCUACCCAGCCUUUGAUUUUGAUUUAUUUUGUUCAUCAAAUAACGAAACUAUGAUUGAACUCCCUCACAAAAUAAAACUAUAUGUCAAAAAUAUUAACUACAAACACCAAACUAUUCAACUAUAUGAUCCACAAAAUUGUCUUUACAAACAAAUCCACAAUCUCAAUCUUUCAACCUCUCAUUUCAAGUACUUAAAAAACAACCAUGAUGAUUUUGUUGAUAAUUAUCACUUUUUCAAUUGUUCAGUUUUGAUUAGAAAUGAGUUAUAUUUGUAUUUAGUUAGUUGUUUAAGCACAUCAACCUCUCAAAUAUAUGCUAUACCUUCUAGUACUCUUGUCGAUAACCUUCCACUCACUUUUUGCACCAAAAUGUUUAAUGUUUCAUUCAAUUCUUUUGGUUUUGUUCCAGAUAAAAACAUCAUUCGUUUGAUGUGGUCUGAGCCUAAUUGUAAACAUUGUGAAUCAAAGGGAAAAAGAUGUGGCUUGAAUAAUACUGCCAGCAAGGAAGUGUAUUGUUUCCACAAAAACAAACAAGGUUCAUCAACUGCUCUAGUCACCACAGGUUCAAUUCUAGGAUCAUUGUUUUUUAUCUUGCUGACUGGUGCAAUCUACCAUAUUUAUGACUCUUACAUAUUGAAGAAAGAAAAAGAAGCAAUUAUAGAAAAGUUUUUGAAAGACUAUAGAGCUCUUAAGCCCACUAGAUACUCUUAUAUAGAAAUUAAGAGAAUCACAAAUAAUUUUGGGGACAAGUUAGGACAAGGAGCUUAUGGUAAUGUGUAUAAAGGAAACAUUUCCAAAGAAUUUAUUGUUGCUGUGAAGAUACUAAAUGUUUCUCUAGGAAAUGGGCAAGACUUCCUCAAUGAAGUUGGUACAAUGGGUAGAAUCCACCAUGUUAACAUUGUUAGAUUGAUCGGUUUUUGUGCCGAUGGCUUUAAAAGAGCUCUUAUUUAUGAGUUUUUGCCAAAUGGUUCGUUGCAGAAGUUCAUAAAUUCACCGGAAAACAAGAAAAACUUCCUUGGUUGGAAAAAGUUGCACGAAGUUGCUUUAGGAAUAGCUAAAGGAAUUGAGUAUCUUCAUCAAGGUUGUGAUCAACGCAUUCUCCAUUUCGAUAUCAAACCACAAAAUGUGUUACUUGACCAUAAUUUUAUUCCAAAAAUUUGUGAUUUCGGUCUAGCUAAAUUAUGUUCAAGGGAUCAAAGCGUAGUGUCAAUGACCGCAGCUAGAGGAACUUUGGGCUACAUUGCUCCCGAAGUUUUUUCAAGGAACUUCGGAAAGGUGUCUUACAAAUCAGAUGUUUAUAGUUAUGGAAUGAUGUUGCUUGAAACAAUAGGAGGGAGGAAGAUCACAGAGGACUUGGAGGAAAACACUAGUCAUGUUCACUAUCCAGAAUGGAUUUAUAAUCUUUUAGAUGAUCAAGAUGAAAUGAGAAUUCAUGUUGAUGAUGAAGAGGAUGCAAAAGUUGCAAGAAAAAUGGCUACUGUGGGACUUUGGUGCAUUCAGUGGCAUGCUAUGGACAGACCAUCAAUGCAAAUGGUGAUUCAAAUGUUUGAGGGAGAUGUAGACAAAACUCCAAUACCUCCCAAUCCUUUUGCUUCUCAAACUAGACGACCUAGGAGAAAUGGUGCAAUUGCAACUACUAGACAACUAACCCAAGAUUUAGAUAUAAUUGAAGAGGUAGAUUGACUUAAAAUUGUGCAAUAUGUGAUACUUCAUUUUUACUUUCUCUUUCAGUUUACCAUACUCUGAGACAGCUUUGCAUUAGUACAAAUAAAUGUUCGUUAAUGUUUACUAGAUUUUUAUGCAAUUUGACACUUGUCCACAA